AUGACGGAGCAGCCUCCUUCUGAACAGGUGACUCCCAGCCCCGUCUCAACAGAGUUGAUGGCCACUACCGACUAUUACCCCUGGGAGUACGGGUUCUCGGGCGAGGCCGGCAUGCUGCCUGAGCUCUGCGAGAAGCAGGAAAUACAGGGCUUCGCCCGCACCUUCCAGCCUGCUGUGUACCUGCUGCUCUCACUGCUGGGUACAGUGGGGAAUGGGCUGGUGCUGCUCACACACACCCUCUACCGCCGGGCACACAGCGUCACCGAUGUCUGCCUCCUGCACCUCGCUCUGUCUGACCUCCUGCUGCUCCUGACGCUGCCCUUCGCCAUCACCGACACGCUGCAGGGCUGGUCCCCGGGCACAGCAGUCUGCAAGGCACUGCAGGGUCUCUACGCCCUCAAUUUCUACAGCGGCUUCCUCUUCCUCACCUGCAUCAGUGUGGAUCGUUAUGUGGCCAUUGUGCGGGUGCCCGCUGCCUGCCGCCUGCGCCCACGAGCUCGCCGAUAUGGCUGGCUGACGGCGGGGCUGGCCUGGCUGCUGGCCACGCUGCUAGCCCUGCCCCAGUUCAUCUACAGCCAGGCAGAGCAGCACCAGGGUAUCCGCCUCUGUCGUGUCGUCUUCCCCCGUGUGGUCUCACGGGAAGCCCGGGGGGCCACCAACCUGGUGCAGGUGGUGCUCGGCUUCGCGCUGCCCUUCCUGGUGAUGGCAAGCUGCUACGCAGCUGUGGCACGAACACUGCUGGCGACACGCGGUGCGCAGCCCCACCGGGCACUGCGAGUGCUGCUGGCCCUCGUGCUGGUUUUUGUGGCCCUGCAGCUGCCCCACAGCCUGAUGGUGCUGCUGGACGCGGCCGAGCUGCUGGCCAGCUGGGAGAUGAGCUGCGCCCAGAGCCGCAGCAAGGACCUGGCGCUGCUGGUCACCGGCGGGCUGGCGUACCUGCGCUGCUGCCUCAACCCCCUGCUCUACGCCUUCCUUGGCCAGCGCUUCCGCCGGGAGCUGUGGCUGCUCGCCAGCGACGCCGGCUGUGUUGGGUCCCUCGACCCGCGCUGCUCCGGCUGCUCCAGUCCCCGUCGGCGGACAUCGCUCUCCAGCUGCUUGGACGUGGUGUAG